AGUCUGGCCAAUGUUCCCCCUGGGGAGCAGCGCUCCCGGUUCCUUGCUGUUGGGUUGGUGGACAACACUGUCAGAAUUAUUUCCCUUGACCCUUCGGACUGCCUGCAGCCGCUGAGCAUGCAGGCGCUGCCCGCGCAGCCCGAGUCGCUCUGCAUCGUGGAGAUGGGUGGCACGGAGAAGCAGGACGAGCUGGGGGAGAGGGGCUCCAUUGGCUUUCUGUACCUGAACAUUGGCCUGCAGAACGGGGUGCUGCUGAGGACCGUCCUGGAUCCCGUCACCGGGGAUCUCUCCGACACCAGGACCCGCUACCUCGGCUCACGGCCCGUCAAACUCUUCCGCGUCCGAAUGCAAGGCCAGGAGGCG